AUGCCGCAGGUACGGCACGCACUUGCUCGACAAUGGAUCACAAGAUCCUCGGUGCGCUUCUGCAAAUUACUGCGAGAAGAGUCCGAGGCGACCAGAGAGGGCAAGACGAUUCGGCCAGCCAGCUCAGCAGUUGCAGGAGAGUUUGGCUGUCGUCGCUGUCCCCCAAGCGAGCCCUUUGAUCCACCGCCAUUGCGAUUUCCGAAGAUUGCGAUACAGCUUGGGCCUGGUUCAUCGGCGAUCAGCUAUGCUGCAGAAAAGGGGAUCUCGAUAGAGGAGUGCUGGCGGGAACGCGCAUCUGCAGAUCUCUCCGCCACCCAGUCAAGAUUUGCGAAUGGCUGCUUACCUAUCCCAGAGCUCUUCGCGCUGUAUCACACCAUAUGCUAA